ACCUGGUGAUCCACCAGCCUCAGCCUCCCAAAGUGCUGGGAUUAGAGGCGUGAGCCACCGCACCCGGCCUGGGUAGCUUGAAAACACUUUAAUCUCAAUGCUUUAAACUCAGAGUAGAAAAUCAAUAAAGCAAAAGAACGAGACCACACAGUGUAGAAUGAAUGUCUUUUCACCACCUAGGGAAAUCUGCAGUCCUAAGAAAAAAGGGAGUGAGAAUUCUGGCCAAAGGACUUUUUGCCUCUGGAUCCCAGGAUUCAGUACGGGCGCGAACGCUCCUGUGCGUUGACCACACUCCCACGGUUGCUUUUUCAGACAUGCUGAGGAGGACCCUGCUAUGCGCGGUGCUCGGACUUCUACGAGCCCAGCCCUUCCCCUGUCCGCCAGCCUGCAAGUGUGUCUUCCGGGACGCCGCGCAGUGCUCAGGGGGCGACGUGGCGCGCAUCUCCGCCUUGGGCCUGCCCACCAACCUCACGCACAUCCUGCUCUUCCGAAUGAGCCGCGGCGUCUUGCAGAACCACAGCUUCAGUGGCAUGACCGUCCUGCAGCGCCUCAUGCUCUCCGACAGCCACGUUUCCGCCAUUGCCCCUGGCACCUUCAAUGACCUGAGAAAACUGAAAACCCUCAGGCUGUCGCGCAACCAAAUCACUCAUCUUCCAGGCGCGCUGCUGGAUAACUUGGUGCUCCUGGAGCAGUUGUUUUUGGACCACAAUGCGCUAAGGGACCUUGACCAAAACCUGUUUCAGAAACUGGCUAACCUGCAGGAGCUCGUUCUGAACCAGAAUCAGCUCGAUUUCCUUCCUCCCAGUCUCUUCACGAAUCUGGGGAACCUGAUGUUGUUGGAUUUAUCGGGAAACGACUUGACCCACCUGCCCGAGGGACUGCUUGGCGCACAGGCUAAGCUUGAGAGACUUCUGCUCCAUUCGAACCGGCUUGUGUCUCUGGAUUCUGGGCUGAUGAACAGCCUGGGGGCCCUGACAGAUCUGCAGCUCCACCGAAAUCACAUCGGUUCCAUCGCACCCGGGACCUUCGACCGCCUCCCAAACCUGAACUCUUUGACUCUUGCGAGAAACCAUCUUGCGUUUCUCCCCUCGGCGCUCUUUCUUCAUUCGCACAAUUUGACUCUGCUGACUCUCUUCGAGAACCCUCUGGCAGAGCUCCCGGGGGUGCUCUUCGGGGAGAUGGGGGGCCUGCGGGAGCUGUGGCUGAACGGCACUCAGCUGCGCACCUUGCCCGCCGCCGCCUUCCGAAACCUGAGCCGCCUGCGGGUCUUAGGGGUGACCCUGAGCCCGCGGCUCAGCGCGCUCCCGCAGGGCGCCUUCCAGGGCCUGGGCGAGCUCCGGGAGCUCGCGCUGCACUCCAACGGCCUGACCGCCCUCCCCGACGGCUUGCUGCGCGGCCUCGGCAGGCUGCGCCAGGUGUCCUUGCGCCGCAACAGGCUGCGCGCCCUGCCCCGCACGCUCUUCCGAAAUCUCAGCAGCCUGGAGAGCGUCCAGCUGGACCAUAACCAGCUGGAGACCCUGCCUGGCGACGUGUUUGGGGCUCUGCCCCGGCUGACGGAGGUCCUGUUGGGGCACAACCCCUGGCGCUGCGACUGUGGCCUGGGGCCCUUCCUGGGGUGGCUGCGGCAGCACCCAGGCCUUGUGGGCGGGGAAGAGCCCCCCCGGUGCGCAGGCCCUGGGGAGCACGCCGGCCUGCAGCUCUGGGCCCUGCCAGGGAGUGACGCGGAGUGCCCCGGUCCCCGGGGCCCGCCUCCCCACCCCGCUGCGGACAGCUCCUCUGAAGCCCCUGGCAGUCUAACCUUGGCUCCCAACAGCUCAGAACUCUGGGUGUGGGCCCAGCCGGUGGCCACGGGCAAACGUCAAGAUCAUAGCCCAUUCUGGGGGUUUUAUUUUCUGCUUUUAGCUAUUCAGGCCAUGAUCACCGCGGUCAUCAUGUUUGCUAUGUUUAAAAUCGGCCAGCUCUUUCGAAAAUUAAUCAGAGAGAGAGCUCUUGGUUAAGUCAAUCGGAAAAUCUUCUAAUUCUUUAGAAAGUGACCAGAUAUGGCUCAGAGGAGAAUCCAGACCGGCUGCUGCUGUCUUCCUCUCCCUCCUCCCCUCCCCACUCCUCCUCUCUUCCUCCUCUUCUCCCCCACUGCCACGUCUUCCUUUCCCUCCUCUCCUCUCCGCUCUGUGCUCUUCAUUCUCACAGGCCCGCAACCCCUCCUCUCUGUCCCCCCUCCCUCCCUCCCUCUCCUCAGAACUAAGCUUUGCAUUUGUGAACUGUGGUUGCCUGCCUUCCCUAGCUCCCGCUCCGGUGGGGGCGGUGGGGGCGCUGGGUUGUGUUGGGCCCAUCCUUGCCCCGCUGUGGCUGGCUUGGCGUCUGGCGGAGAGAGGGGGCUCUACCGAGUAAGGGGACAACUCCAGGCCAGGGCCUGUCUCCUGCACAGAGUUAGCCGGCAAAUGUUUGUGAAAUCAAUGAAUGGAUAAAGAAAUGCAUGCGAUCCAAGUAAUGAUGGCUUUUCCUGGAGGGAAAGGAUCGGUUGCUCUCUUUAUCUAUUUUUUAUUUUUUUAAGACAGAGUCUCACUCUGUCGCCCAGAAUGGAAGUACAGUGGUGCGAUCUCGGCUCAUUGCAGCCUCUGCCUCCCAGGUUCAAGCGAUUCUCAUGCCUCAGCUUUUCCAGUAGUUGGGAUUGCAGGAGUGUGCCACGACACCCAGCUAAAUUUUGUAUUUUUUUAAGUAGAGAUGGGGUUUUGCCAUGUUGGCCAGGCUGGUCUCGAACUCCUGCCCACAAGUGAUCUGCCCGCCUUGGCCCUCCCAAAGUGCUGGAAUUACAGGCAUGAGCCACCACACCCGGCCCUCUUUAUCGACUUUUAAUUGAGAAGUAGCGCUCUUGCCGUUCUUUCCCUUGCCCCAUUUUUCUCAUUUUAUAUAUCUCUGACCUAUGGGCUAUAUUUGGGAGAGCACUGGACUCCAUUUAUGCAAUGAGCAAUUUCAGGAUAGGCGGCUUCUGUGAAGCUGAGAGAGGAAGAAAACACAGAGCCUUCCCUCCAGGCGCUCAGUGUGUCCAGCGUGUUUCCUGAGCCUCCCGUGAGUUUCCACUUGCUUUACAUCCAUGCAAUACGUCAUUCUGAAACUGGAUUGAUUUUCAUUUCCUGGAACUUUGCCACCUCAUUUCACAAGCAUUUAUGGAACAGCUAACAUGUGGCUGUUAUUCAUGAAUAUAAUGAUAAGCUUGAUUCUAGUUUAGCUGCUGUCACAGUCUCCUUUGUUCUUCCAGCUGAAAGCUGUAAAACCUUUGUUGCUUUAAUUGGAUAUCUGUGCGUGGGAGAGGCAGUGGUUAAAACAGGGACUGGCGAGUUGACAACUGCGGGUUCAAAUCCCAGCUCUACCACUUACUAAUGCAUGGGACUUUAUGUAAGUCACCUGCUUACAUUCUCUAAGCCUUAGUUGCCUCAGCCUUAAAAAAGGAUAAAAUAGUACCUGCUUCGUAGCGUUUUUAUGAGAAUUAAAGGCAAUAAAGCAUAUCAUGACUUUGCCCAGUGGCCUGCAGUCAAUAAAUAGUAAUGAAUGUUAGCUACUAUUACUAAAGGACAAGCAAUUAUUAUUGGCAUCAUGAUUUCUAAAGAAGACCUUUGAGGUUUUUUUUUUCGCCCCUUCUGUGUAUAAAGGUAAAUCCAAACUUUCUCGUACUGAAGGUUACAUUCAAAUCAGUCCGUCUUCCCCUGUGGGUGGCCUCAGCCCCGUGUGGCCAGGCUCUGUGCUCAUGGUCCUCCAACACCACCAGGUGGAUGCUGGCAUUGGAUUGUGGGUGCUGCAGAUGUGGGAGUCGGUUUCUGGGUUCUCCAUUGGUCUGUUUGUCUAGUCCCAUGUCAUACUCAAUGUCUUCAUUAUUGGAGCUUUAAUAAUUUUGGUAUAGGCUCAUCUCUCUACCUUGUUUUUAUUUGACUUUUGGCUCUUUGCAAUUCUAUGACUAUUUCAGGGUCAGCAUGUCAACUCCAUUGAGAACCCCUGCUGGGAUUUUAAUAGAAAUGGCAGUAAAUUUAUGAAUGAAUUUGAGGAAGAAUUUGCAUUUUUUACAAUAACUACUCUUCUUGCCAGUAAGCAUGGUUCAUCUUCCCAUUUAUUUACAUUACUUUUUCUUUUUUUUUUUUGAGACAGAGUCUUGCUCUGUUUCCCAGGCUGGAGUGCAGUGGUAUGAUCCACUUGGUGGACAAAAGCGAGACUGAGUCUUAAAAUAUAUAUAUAUAUAUUUCAUCUUUUUACCUGAUAUUUGGAAGGGACUGAAUGGAUAUGUGUUGUUUUUCUAUAUCUUCUUGCUCAAGCAACAUUUAUAUCAAUGUUAGUUUUUUCUUUUUUAGAGCUAGUGAAAAAAAACCCCACAAUUCUUUAAAGAAUGAAAUGAGGAGCCAGCUGCCAUGUCGUGAGGACACUCAAGCAGCCCUAAAGGGGUCUACAUGGCAAGGACCCAAGGCCUCCUGCCGUGAGCCAGCAGGGAACUGGCCGGUGUGAGCGGAUACAUUGGAAGCAAAUCCUCCAGCCGCAGUCAUGAUGAUCAUGGCCCCAGCCAACCGUUUGAUGCCAACCUCAUGACAGACCUUGAGACACAGCCGCUCAACUAAGCUACUCCCAAAUUCUUGACCCUCAAAAACUGUGACUUAAUAUAUUUUAUUGUUUUACACCACCAAGAUCUGGGGUAUUUGUUUUGCAACAAUAAAUACCUAAUACACACACAAUAAAACCAGGCCACGACGGUUUUCCAGGGGAGCUCUACAACAUGUUCAAAUAAAAGAUAAUUCCAGUUUUUAUGAACUGUAUCAGAGAGCACAUCCCUGCCCACUUUAUGAGGCUGUAUAACCCGAUACCAGAAUUGGUCAUGGAUUUUUUUUCAAACAAUUUAUAAGCAAAUCUCACUAAUAAUAAAAGUCCUAAACAAAACAGCAAGCUGAAUUCAGAUAUAUAUAUAUAUAUAU